AUGCUGAAUUUGAGAACUCCGAUAUUUUGGAUAUAUUUGUGGUCGGGGACCAUAGCCGAGGAGUUAAGUGUUGAUGGUAAAUAUACUUACCAAGGUGGCUGAAAGUCGGUUGUGGCGUUAGGCCUGAAUAAACAGGGCCAGGGUGGAGUUAUGUUGCAAUAUUGAGGUGGCGGGGGUCUGCGGACCUUGCAAUGAGGUAAAGGGUCCCCUUAUAGGUUGGCAAACCCCUCCCACAAUUCCAUGAAACUGGCACUAAAUGACGCCAUAGUCUUUACAGAACUGUGGAUUAAAACAUUCAGCAGUGAAAUAAACAUUACGGGCAUCCAUUUUACACUAACCACACGCAGAAUUGCCAGCCUCCAUGUUUGCCUCUGACAGGAUAACAAAGAGAGUUGUAUGGUCUACAGUUUGUGAAGCAUGAAAGGGGUUGAAAUGAAUGCAUAUAUAUGAGAAGAGCUAAUUUAGACACAGCUUCAGGUGACACUACCACUGCUGCUGUGGAUUUAGCCAGAGACGUGUUUAGCCAAUGCAGGCCUCCCAAUUUUGGUCCUAUACUACCACCCCGAUUUAGUACCCUGGGGUCCCUCAUCUGUCCAUGCGUAGCACAGCACGAGCAUAUCAUUAGACUCUCUGCAUUGUUCUGUAUUUUCAGGGCCAACCAGGUGCUUCAUGACUUUAUGGAGAACCACUAACUGAGUGUUUUUCUAUGGAGUUUUUCAUGCGAAGCGUGAGGACAUCCAGUGUCUUUUCAAGGAGUCAACCUCUGUGAAACUGCAGGAAGCACCAGUAGUGGCUGGUAGACAGCCAACAGAGACAGUCUUAACCCUGCAAUGAAAACUUGGCACUUUCUCUAAAACUGCAGUGUUUUACAUUGCCGGCUUUAGGUUAAAGGGACAGUGCACUCAGAUCACUAGAUGAAGUGAAGUAGUCUGGGUACUUAUUAGUGUCCCUCACCAGAACCACUGCAGCUAAUUGUAAAGGUUCUGGUGUUGAUAGUCUGUUUCAAAGAAACAUUACUGCCUAGUUACACCCUAGGUGCACUCAGUCAGACAGCCUCUGAUGAUUGAAUGCUUCUCUAUGAGGAGAUGCUGAUUGGUCGGUGCAGCGUGGUCAUUGGAUUGGCUGAUAUCACCAAGAUCCACGAUAUUGAUACACUAUGUCAAAGGGUUCCAAAAAUGAAUUGUGAAGCCCUGGUCUAUAGUAAAUAACGUUGUACGGUAUGAAACAUCUUCCAGCCAACUAGCUUUUCAUUGAAUCUAUCUUGGCCUAAACCAUGACAUUCAUUCACUGCGUCUUGGGAAAUAUUAGAUUCUUUUUUAGAAAUUUCACAUUUUAGAAGAAUUCUGUUAUUUUUAGCAAACAUUGAGAAAUCGCCUGUUGAUUCUCCUCAUUCUGGUUUUAGUAAACGAGUCUAUGACUGGCGGCCUAGUGAAGCAAUACUGUUCUAUUCUGUAAUAUUCUACAGAAAUUGUCACCGAAGAUUGCAAGGACCUUCAAAUUAAUAACCCGCACAAUAAAUAUUAUUAAAGUAGAGCUAUAUAGCACAGUGUAUCACAUUACAGAAAUAGUUAAAUCCAUUGGUGCUGGACAUGUACACUCUCAGACUGUGACACGUAUAGAGGACACGGGAUGCUGUGACAUGUAUACAUGACAAGGGAUACUGUGAUACGUAUAGAGGACACGGGAUGCUGUGACACGUAUAGAGGACACGGAUGCUGUGACACAUAUAGAGGACACGGGAUACUGUAACACGUUUAGAGGACACAGAUGCUGUGACACGUAUAGAGGACACGGAUGCUGUGACACAUAUAGAGGACAUGGGAUCCUGAGACACGUAUAGAGGACAUGGGAUACUGUAACACGUUUAGAGGACACGGAUGCUGUGACACGUAUAGAGGGCACGGGAUGCUGUGACACGUAUAGAGGACACGGAUGCUGUGACACAUAUAGAGGACACGGAUGCUGUGACACGUACAGAGGACACGGGAUGCUGUGACACAUAUAGAGGACACGGGAUGCUGUGACACGUAUAGAGGGCAAGGGAUGUUGUGACACGUAUAAAGUACACAGGAUGCUGUGACACGUAUAGAGGACAAGGGAUGCUGUGACAUGUAUAGAGGACAAAGAAUACUGUGACACGUAUAGAGGACAUACCCAGAUAUUACGCAGUCUGAGCCGGUUAUUACAGAUAUAAUAUUAUACCCAGAUAUCACGCAGUCUGAGCCGGUUAUUACAGAUAUAAUAUUAUACCCAGAUAUUACGCAGAGUGAGACGGUUAUUACAGAUAUAAUAUUAAAACCAGAUAUUACGCAGUCUGAGACGGUUAUUACAGAUAUAAUAUUAUACCCAGAUAUUACGCAGAGUGAGCCGGUUAUUACAGAUAUAAUAUUAUACCCAGAUAUCACACAGUCUGAGACGGUUAUUACAGAUAUAAUAUUAUACCCAGAUAUCACACAGUCUGAGCCGGUUAUUACAGAUAUAAUAUUAUACCCAGAUAUUACGCAGUCUGAGCCGGUUAUUACAGAUAUAAUAUUAUACCCAGAUAUUACGCAGAGUGAGACGGUUAUUACAGAUAUAAUAUUAUACCCAGAUAUCACACAGUCUGAGACGGUUAUUACAGAUACAAUAUUAUACCCAGAUAUCACGCGGUCUGAGACGGUUAUUACAGAUAUAAUAUUAUACCCAGAUAUUACGCAGAGUGAGACGGUUAUUACAGAUAUAAUAUUAUACCCAGAUAUCACACAGCCGGUUAUUACAGAUAUAAUAUUAUACCCAGAUAUUACGCAGUCUGAGCCGGUUAUUACAGAUAUAAUAUUAUACCCAGAUAUUACGCAGAGUGAGACGGUUAUUACAGAUAUAAUAUUAUACCCAGAUAUUACGCAGUCUGAGCCGGUUAUUACAGAUAUAAUAUUAUACCCAGAUAUUACGCAGUCUGAGCCGGUUAUUACAGAUAUAAUAUUAUACCCAGAUAUUACGCAGAGUGAGACGGUUAUUACAGAUAUAAUAUUAUACCCAGAUAUUACGCAGUCUGAGCCGGUUAUUACAGAUAUAAUAUUAUACCCAGAUAUUACGCAGUCUGAGCCGGUUAUUACAGAUAUAAUAUUAUACCCAGAUAUUACGCGGUCUGAGCCGGUUAUUACAGAUAUAAUAUUAUACCCAGAUAUUACGCAGAGUGAGCCGGUUAUUACAGAUAUAAUAUUAUACCCAGAUAUUACGCAGUCUGAGCCGGUUAUUACAGAUAUAAUAUUAUACCCAGAUAUCACGCAGUCUGAGCCGGUUAUUACAGAUAUAAUAUUAUACCCAGAUAUUACGCAGAGUGAGACGGUUAUUACAGAUAUAAUAUUAUACCCAGAUAUCACACAGUCUGAGACGGUUAUUACAGAUAUAAUAUUAUACCCAGAUAUCACACAGUCUGAGCCGGUUAUUACAGAUAUAAUAUUAUACCCAGAUAUUACGCAGAGUGAGCCGGUUAUUACAGAUAUAAUAUUAUACCCAGAUAUUACGCAGAGUGAGCCGGUUAUUACAGAUAUAAUAUUAUACCCAGAUAUCACGCAGAGUGAGCCGGUUAUUACAGAUAUAAUAUUAUACCCAGAUAUUACGCAGAGUGAGACGGUUAUUACAGAUAUAAUAUUAUACCCAGAUAUUACGCAGAGUGAGACGGUUAUUACAGAUAUAAUAUUAUACCCAGAUAUCACGCAGUCUGAGCCGGUUAUUACAGAUAUAAUAUUAUACCCAGAUAUCACGCAGUCUGAGCCGGUUAUUACAGAUAUAAUAUUAUACCCAGAUAUUACGCAGAGUGAGACGGUUAUUACAGAUAUAAUAUUAAAACCAGAUAUUACGCAGUCUGAGACGGUUAUUACAGAUAUAAUAUUAUACCCAGAUAUUACGCAGAGUGAGCCGGUUAUUACAGAUAUAAUAUUAUACCCAGAUAUCACACAGUCUGAGACGGUUAUUACAGAUAUAAUAUUAUACCCAGAUAUCACACAGUCUGAGACGGUUAUUACAGAUAUAAUAUUAUACCCAGAUAUUACACAGUCUGAGACGGUUAUUACAGAUAUAAUAUUAUACCCAGAUAUUACGCAGAGUGAGCCGGUUAUUACAGAUAUAAUAUUAUACCCAGAUAUCACACAGUCUGAGACGGUUAUUACAGAUAUAAUAUUAUACCCAGAUAUUACGCAGUCUGAGCCGGUUAUUACAGAUAUAAUAUUAUACCCAGAUAUUACGCAGAGUGAGACGGUUAUUACAGAUAUAAUAUUAUACCCAGAUAUUACGCAGUCUGAGCCGGUUAUUACAGAUAUAAUAUUAUACCCAGAUAUUACGCAGUCUGAGCCGGUUAUUACAGAUAUAAUAUUAUACCCAGAUAUUACGCGGUCUGAGCCGGUUAUUACAGAUAUAAUAUUAUACCCAGAUAUUACGCAGAGUGAGCCGGUUAUUACAGAUAUAAUAUUAUACCCAGAUAUUACGCAGUCUGAGCCGGUUAUUACAGAUAUAAUAUUAUACCCAGAUAUCACGCAGUCUGAGCCGGUUAUUACAGAUAUAAUAUUAUACCCAGAUAUUACGCAGAGUGAGACGGUUAUUACAGAUAUAAUAUUAUACCCAGAUAUCACACAGUCUGAGACGGUUAUUACAGAUAUAAUAUUAUACCCAGAUAUCACACAGUCUGAGCCGGUUAUUACAGAUAUAAUAUUAUACCCAGAUAUUACGCAGAGUGAGCCGGUUAUUACAGAUAUAAUAUUAUACCCAGAUAUUACGCAGUCUGAGCCGGUUAUUACAGAUAUAAUAUUAUACCCAGAUAUUACGCAGUCUGAGACGGUUAUGGUAUAUUUGAUAUAA